GAGUAUGAAUCAUUUUUCUUAAGCAUAAGAUGCAUAUGGUUUGAAACCUCACACUGCUGUAGAACAUCUACACAAGUUUUUCAGUAUUUGUUGUUUUGUACAUAUAUUUUGAUUUGGUUCAAAAUCAGUAACAUAUGAUUUUGUAGGAUAUGUUCUCACCGACCUAAUCUAUUUCUCUCUCCCUCUCUCUCUUGAUGUAAGAGAUGAUGAGUCCCGCCAUUUCUCUCUCAACAACCAUAAUCGUUUCAACUACCAUAACCGCCACUUCAGUUCCCAAAAUUCACAAACAAAACCCCACACUUACACCUACACCUCUCAAUUCAACCCUCAAAUCCCUCUCCAAAUCAGGCAAAUUGGACGAGGCUCUUCGUUUAAUCGAAUCUCUACCCUCAAAAUCUCCAUCAACCGAACUCGAUUUCGAAGCCUACGCCACCCUCCUCCAUGCCUGUAUCUCCAGAAAAUCCUUAGAACAUGGACAGAGACUCUACCUUCAACUCCUCCUCUCAAGAGAUAGAGGAGGCAGUCUCAACCUCCUCAACAAUCCCACCUUGAAAACCAAGCUCAUUACACUCUACUCCGUUUGUGGCCGACUCGAUGACGCUCGUCGUGUUUUUGAGGACGGUCUCGAGGCGCAACAGCUUCCUGAAUCGGUCUGGGUGGCAAUGGCAAUUGGGUAUUCAAGAAAUGGGUGUUCAAAAGAAGCUCUGCUUCUUUAUUGUGACAUGCUGUGCCGGUUCAUCCAACUGGGUAAUUUUGCAUUUUCGGUCGCUCUCAAGUCGUGUACUGAAUUGUUUGAAUUGUGGGUUGGCAGAGCAGUUCAUGCUCAGAUCGUUAAGUCUAACGAAGAACCUGAUCAAGUUGUGUGGAAUGCUCUUCUUAGGUUUUAUGCAGAGUGUGGGUGCUUCGAAGAGGUACUCCAGGUGUUUGAAGGAAUGCCUCAAAGAAAUAUUGUUUCUUGGAACUCAUUGAUUGCUGGGUUUGUACGGCGAGAUCAACUGUUUGAGGCUUUUGAUACUUUUAGGAGGAUGCAAAGAGAGGGUUUGGGAUUUAGUUGGGUUACCAUCACUACAAUGUUACCGGUCUGUGCUCGAGUAACUUCACUUUAUAGUGGAAAAGAGAUACAUGCUCGGACUGUGAAAUCGGAGAGGAUGCCAGAUGUGUUGGUGCUAAACUCGCUGAUGGACAUGUAUGCAAAAUGUGGAAUCGUGGAUUAUAGUAGGAGAAUAUUUGAUGGAAUGCAAAUUAAAGAUUUGACAUCAUGGAACACUUUGCUUACAGGGUAUGCAAUCAAUGGGUGUAUGACAGAAGCAAUGGAAUUGUUUGAGGGGAUGCUUGAUUCUGGCUUCAGUCCAGAUGGGGUCACUUUUAUUUCCUUGUUGUCAGGUUGCAGCCAUGCAGGGCUCACAAAUGAGGGCCAGACAUUGUUUGACAGAAUGAACACUGAGUUUGGAAUCUCACCUAGUUUAGAGCAUUAUGCUUGUUUGGUAGAUAUAUUGGGUAGAGGAGGGAGAAUCAAGGAGGCAUUGGAAGUAGUAAAAAACAUGUCAAUGAAGCCAAGUGGUAGCAUAUGGGGUUCAUUGCUCAAUUCAUGCCGACUUUAUGGCAAUGUUUCUCUUGCAGAGGCUAUUGCAAAGCGUUUAUUUGAGCUUGAACCAAACAAUCCAGGGAAUUAUGUGUUGCUAUCGAACAUCUAUGCAAAUGCAGGAUUGUGGGAGGGUGUUAAGAUGGUGAGAGAUGUGAUGGAAAAGCGUGGUAUCAAGAAGGAGGCUGGAUGCAGCUGGAUACAGAUUAAAAAGAAAUUACAUACUUUUGUGGCUGGUGGGGGCUUUGAACUUCGUAGUUCAAAUAAGUAUAAGAAGUUGUGGAAUGAAUUGAUGGAAGCUAUGGAAGCAGAUGGAUACGUCUCAAGUACAGGAGUUGUGCUUCAUGAUGUAAGUGAGGAAAUGAAGGCAAUGUGGGUUUGUGGACACAGUGAACGAGUUGCAACAAUGUUUGGACUGAUUCACACUGGAGCUGGAAUACCAAUUAGGAUUACAAAGAAUCUUCGUGUUUGUGUGGACUGCCACUCUUGGAUGAAGUCUGUAUCAAGAGUUACAAGGAGAGUAAUUAUUUUGAGGGACACAAAUCGCUUCCACCAUUUUGACAAAGGAAUGUGCUCUUGCAAGGAUUAUUGGUGAUUACACCAUUAUGGUGCAGUAUAAAUGAUCUUUCUUUGUAUUAGUCAACUUUCCUAUUCUAGAGCUAUCUGCACACCUAGCUUUUCCAGAAUGUUCUACUAUCUUCUACAUAAGUGAGUUAUAAUUUGGAAAUAUGGAAUACAAAGAAAAAAGUGUCAAUUAGAAAAUGUUAUAUCGGUUAUAUGGAGAUCCUUAACAACAAGAUUUAACUAUGAGCUAGUUUGGUUGAGAGGUUCAAAAUCACCGCCAAUAAGUCAUCUGACUUAGACAUGGUGGGCAUCUUUGUCUCUUGGAGUUGGUAUAAUCUGCAUGUUCCACUCAGGGAGGUAGGUACAGUGCUGUGAUUAAUGAAUUUUGUGUUAUGGUAAAAUUAAUAGGAUUAUAAAUGCAGUCAGAUUAGAGUAUGUAAA